CUCUCUUUCCAGUACACUCUCCUAUUCUCUCUACCUUCUUCUUCUCUCACCCUUCCUUCUCCAUUAAUACACUCUUUAUCCCAUCUGCUUCUGCUUUCUCAUUGAUUGCAGAAGCAGAAAAUCAUCAUUCCUUCCCCACCUAAAAUAGCAACCCAAAAAAAAAAGAAAUAAAUAAAAUCCUGUCCUCAUUUUAUUAUAAGUUCAGUUUAAUAGAAAGACAUCAUUUCUUGUACCACUUAAAAUAGCGAAAAAAGAAAAAAAGAAAAACUGUCCUCAUUUGAUCAUAAGUUGAAUUCAAUCUAUUUUCUUCUGUGUGUCUCUGACAUUCCACUAUUGUUUUGCUUCAUCUAAAAGCAAAAAAAAAAAUCCAAAAUAAAAGAAAUAUUCUCCUCUUCACUUUUUGCCUUUACUUAAAGAAAUCCUAGUAUGUGUUUGCACCAUUGGGCCAGCUAAACUUGCUCUCUGAUCUAGUGUGCGUCUGCUUCUGUUCAGGCUCACUUAGCAGAAAGCUAAAAAUAACUCCCCUGUUUUUUUACUCUGUUUUGCUUUGUUGCUUUGAUUUAGUGUGCGCCCACUUCUGUUUCGGGCUCGUUCACUCAGCUGAAAGCUUAAAUAAACUCUCCUGUUUUUACUCUGUUUUGUGUAGCUGUGGCAUUCGGCCAGCUAAACUUGCUUUGAUCUUAGCGUGUGUCUGCUUCUGUUCAGGCUCACUCAGCAGAAAGUUCAAAUAAACUCCCCUGUUUUUAUUCAGUUCAAAUAAACUUCCCUGUUGUUACUCUGUUUACUCUGUUUUGUGUGUAUCUGUACCAUUUUGCCAGCUAAUCUUGCUUUGAUCUAGUGUGCGUCUACUUCAGUUCGGGCUCACUCAUUAGAAAGUUCAAAUAAACUCCCCUGUUUUUACUCUGUUUGUGUGUGUUUACCUAUUCGGGCCAGCUAAACUUGCUCUGAUCUAGCGUGAGUCUGCUUCUGUUCGGGCUCACUCAUCAGAACGUUCAAAUAAAUUCCCCUGUUUUUACUCUGUUUUGUGUGUAUCUGAGCUAUUCGGCCAGCUAAACUUGCUCUGAUCUAGUGUGCGUUCGCUCCUGUUCCCUGUUUUUGCUCUGUUUUUUGUGUAGGUUAAAAAAACUCUAUUUUCACUCAUAAACUCCCCUGUUUUGGAAAAUGGAUCGUUUUUCGUCGACGACUCUAUUUCCUGAUACACUUUCUGGUACAAGAGAUGAUUUAACAGAGCAAUUGACGAUACUUUGGGAACAGAUUAAAGCUCCAUUGAUAGUUCCUCUACUCAGAAUUGCGGUGUUUUUGUGUCUGACAAUGUCGAUUUUGCUAUUCGUUGAGAGAGUUUAUAUGGGGGUUGUGAUUACACUUGUGAAAUUGUUUGGUAGAAAACCAGAAAAAAGAUAUAAAUGGGAAUCUUUAAAAGAUGAUGUUGAGCAUGGAAAUUCAUCUUAUCCUAUGGUUCUUGUUCAAAUUCCAAUGUAUAAUGAAAGAGAGGUUUAUCAGCUUUCAAUUGGUGCUGCAUGUGGCCUUUCAUGGCCUGCUGAUCGUAUUAUAAUCCAAGUUCUUGAUGAUUCAACUGAUCCCAUUAUCAAGAACUUGGUGUCGAUGGAGUGUCAGAGAUGGGGAAGCAAAGGAAUAAAUAUAAAAUAUGAAAUAAGAGACAACAGAAAUGGUUACAAAGCAGGAGCAUUAAAGGAAGGAUUGAAACAUCCAUAUGUGAAACUAUGUGAUUAUGUUGCUAUAUUUGAUGCUGAUUUUCAACCUGAGCCUGAUUUUCUAUGGCGUACUAUUCCAUUUCUAGUUCAUAAUCCUCAACUUGGACUUGUUCAAGCUCGUUGGAAAUAUGUGAAUGCUGAUGAAUGUUUGAUGACAAGAAUGCAAGAGAUGUCACUGGAUUACCACUUCAGUGUGGAGCAAGAAGUGGGCUCUUCCACCUAUGCUUUUUUUGGUUUUAAUGGGACAGCAGGUGUUUGGAGAUUGAAAGCAAUAGACGAGGCUGGAGGUUGGAAGGAUAGGACAACAGUUGAGGAUAUGGACCUGGCUGUCCGCGCUAGUCUCAAGGGCUGGAAAUUCUUGUACCUGUCUGCUCUCAAGGUGAAAAAUGAAUUACCAAGUACAUUCAAGGCGUAUCGCUAUCAACAACAUCGUUGGUCCUGUGGCCCAGCCAAUCUUUUCAAGAAAAUGCUUAUGGAGAUCAUAAGAAACAAGAAAGUAACCUUGUGGAAGAAGAUUCAUGUGAUUUACAGCUUCUUCUUCGUAAGGAAGGUUGUUGCCCACAUUGUUACGUUUGUGUUCUACUGUAUUGUACUACCUGCAACUGUAUUAGUACCGGAAGUUGAGGUUCCAAAAUGGGGAGCUGUUUACAUUCCUUCCGUUAUUACAAUACUCAAUGGAGUUGGAACUCCAAGGUCAUUACAUCUGAUAAUAUUUUGGAUCCUUUUCGAGAAUGUCAUGUCACUUCACCGGACAAAGGCUACAUUCAUCGGCUUGUUAGAGGCAGGAAGAGUCAAUGAAUGGAUCGUCACAGAGAAACUAGGGGAUGCUCACAAGAUGAAAUCAGCCAUCAAAGCGUAUAAGAAACCUCGAUUUAGGUUUGGUGACAGGCUUCAUUUGUUAGAGCUAGCAACGGGCGCGUACCUCUUCUUUUGUGGAUGUUAUGACCUCGCCUUUGGGAAAAAUCUCUUUUUCCUCUACCUCUUCAUUCAAGCAUUUGCUUUCUUCAUCAUGGGAUUCAGUUAUGUUGGCACUUUUGUUCCAAGCUCUUAAGAUACUGCUCGUGGGAAGCAACGUCUAAGCAGCAAUAUUUUCAGCAUCCUUUAUUCACUUUCUUCACAUGUAAAGAGAAAGUUGUUCAUUAAUUCUUUUGGGUUCUAGCAUAAAGUAUUCGAGUUGAUGGCUCGAAUCUGUUUUGUUCUCUUUGUGUAUAUUCCAACAAUGGUUGAAGUCUAAACAGUAAAAAAAAAAGAAGAAAAUUUUAUUGUGAAUGUGUAUAACAAAGAUGGGCAAGAAAGUGAAGGAUAAUAUCUUUGUGCUAUUGAAUGAAGUUGCCAGAGUAUUUCUUUUUCUCUCUUA